GUUGAAGGGUUGAUCGCACUGGGGCUCGCGUUCGUUCACCUUCACCGUACCGUCGCCAUGAGCGAGUCUUCCAAGAAGAAGAAGAGCGGCAAGGAUGUCGAGGACGACGUCAAAUCGCGUAGCAGCAUCGGCAGCAGCCUCUCGGACGAGUCCAGUGUGCUCUCGUCCCCAUCGCAGCGCAAUCAUCAGCGCCCCAGAUUCGACUCAAAGGCUUCAUGGGCGGACUCGACGCGCUUCGACAUGGGGCGCGCUGAUUCUCGCGCUUCGGACAUGUCUGCCAGGGACUUGAGACUCACGGGACUCGGGGGACGAGCCUCUUCCAGCCACAACCGUCAGCGCUCGGACUCGAGAGCCUCGAGGUUGUCACGCACUAGCAGUCGCUCCAGUAUGAGCGGAACCAGGUCCAGGCAAUCCUCGUUCGUGUCCAACUUUGGCGUGACCAAAGGCAAGAAACGCAAAGACAGCAACGCUCUGUCCACCAUCACGGAGAACUGGAAUCUGGCGGACGAGCAGUUUGGCAGCCCCUUCUCGGAGUUCGAUGCACAGGAGCAGCCGAUCCGAGAGGAGCUGCAGAGAGGCUUGGCGAUCAUCAAUGACCACACGGUGAGAGGGAAAAUUGAGGGUUGGAGUGUGUACUACAGUUAUUGACGAAAUGCGUAUGUUUUGUUGAUGUUUCUUAGACCAAGUUGAAGGAGAUUGAGGACGCUAUCACGGCUGCAAUGUCGGAAGUUUGGGGAUAUUGGGUACGACUUUAUGGUGAUGUUUUGUCGUUUUGCACGAGCAGAUCUGAUGAAUUGUCGGAAACUGUAGGCGGAUCCAAUCCAGCUGUACCUACACCCGGCGGAGCGCGUGGAUGUGCAGGACCUCAUCAAGACGGACAACGAACUGUUCAACAAAGUUCUUACGGUGUUUUCCGUGUUGUGUGAUGAAAUCUCGGAGCUCAAAGUGACGGUGGAAGAUAAUUUCUACCCGGCGCUGAUCAUGUUCGGUCAAGCGUGUCAUGGAGAGGAAGGCGAAGUGAAAGCUGGAGAAGAUGAAGUCCACAUCGGACGAAUGCUGGCGUUCUUUCAGGAUAUCUCCAACUUUGUGGAUCGAUGCAACGCUAUCACCAUCAACAUGAUCCACCAGCUCGCGAGUUUGUACCAGAGUUUCCAGAAAUUGUGGAAAUCUACAUUCAAGCUCGUGCACCUCCACCCCGUGUUCGACGCAUUGGCCAGUCUACUUGAAGUCAUGAUAACGAUCGAUGCCAUCGUCAUUGACAACCCGAAUAUCAUCACGUCAUGGGACAAAUACAAGCGUAUGAUGCAGUAUGUGCGCUCGGAUCCACCCCGCUACAACGUCACAGUUGAGAAGGUGAAACAGUUCGAACGCCUUCUAGUCAGUCUGGACCAGACGAUCAUGAGCGCUCAAGUGUUCCAGAGUUGCAUUGAGCAGGACUUUGAGAUAUUUUCCGGCGGUGAUGUCGCCGAUGACGAUGAGGAUCCUGAGGGAAGUGACAGUGAGCGAGGCGGUCGACGCGCGAGCAGCAGUGGAGGAGAGUCACGUAUUGAUAUUCGCACGAACCGUGUGUUCCUUGAAGAAUUCGUGCACUGCAUCAGCGCUCGUUUGAGCAUUGCCGAGGGUGCAAUUACGUCAGCUACGGAGACGUUCGAGCGUAAUGAUCUGGUCGGUACAACGGGGCUGUACGUGCUUCUUCGACGCCUUCAGCCGUCAAAUGUACCUGCCGAUCCUGUGCUGUACAAGCGAUUGUGGGAGAUGCAGACGAAGGCUCCGUGUGUGACCAUUUGUGGCAAGAUCAUGUGGUACAUGCCAGAUUUCCUGCUGAAGUACUCGCCUAUGACCUCAAAGAAACUCCAACCCACCGACAUCGUGCAGUUCCGUCGUGAGUACUUACACUCACUGGACGACGCCUUCCCCGCUGAUGUAACUACCGCCAAAUUGGAGUUGAGUGCAUGGCUUGUCCGCAUGGAGUCGUUUUUCCAGCCGACAACGCGUGGAAUGGGCGAUGCGUCUCGGACGCUGAGCAUUCGUGGCAAUCUGAUCCUCAAGGGUCUGAUUCUAGCCAAAAGAGUGCAGACCAUGAUGCACACUCUGGUGAACUUGCAUCUGUCGCUUCAAAUUCCGAUGCCAAAGCGAGUUGUGAGGCCACUUUACACGUGCAUUGAGAUCCUGAAAGCCGUCGAAUUCAUGUUUGCUCGGAAGAACCCCAUUCUAGCGGAAUCAUCGUCACACUUGCUGCGUCAAGUAGCUCACUCGCUGUUCUCGUUCUUCCGUCCACUCAAGGCUCAUCUGGAAGCCAGCAAGAAGUUCGAUGAUACCAAACUCGAUGUCCUGGCUGCUGUGACCGUGCUGGAAGACAUUCUCAACUCAGGCGAAUCGUUCUCGUACACGCGGAUCACUGUCCUAGAUCUCGCAGCUCAGAUCGCAAUGAUUUCGCCAGACAACGGCAGUGCUGCUAGCGAGAAGGGCAGCGAUAUGGAUACGACGGUCCCAAUGGGUCUCAAGGACGCUGACGAGCCUGUGAAGCUCAUCUGGAAGUUGCGUCUUCUGAGUGAUUUCCAGCGCAAGAUUCGAGCCGCAUGUGACUGCUCGUUCUUCUAUUGGAGUCGCGAAUUGCUACACCCUUUCCUGUCGGAUCUGUACAACCAACCGGAACAAGCUAACCGCAUCCAGUACGUCGUUGGUGGCUUCUUGGACGCGAUCAAGUUGCUCCGUGGAGCGCAGCACGAGACAGACAAUGAGUUGUAUGUGAACGCAUACGCAGAAUUCAUUGAAUCCGUCUUAGAAGAGGAGAUUGUGGAGAAUUUGUGCAAGGACGUGGAGAACGAUCUUCGCUUGCAUGUCCACUCGGUGCAUUUGGACCACUUGGACGCCCCCAACCCGAAGAGCGCCGACUUCAAAGUGCUCCAUUACUAUCUAGACCUGCGUCCGAUCCGCCUUCAUGGAAAGACACUUGACCUACGCCAACAUGUUACUCAUUACCUGGAGAGCACGUUCUACAACUUGACUACUGUGGCGCUUCACGACUGGAAAACGUACGGUGAGAUGCGCAACUUGGCGAACGACAAGUAUGGCUUGAGUCUUGCGGAUAACCAUCUUCCCAUGGGAUCACUGGAUCAGGGUCUAGAUAUCCUCCAGAUCAUGCGUAAUAUUCAGAUCUUUGUCGCUCGAUACAACUACAACUUGAACCAGCAGUUCUUCCUGGAACGACGUAGUGACAAGGGCUCGCGACACUUGAACUCCAUCAACAUCCACUCCAUCGCAAGCUCCAUCCGCACACACGGCAUGGGUAUCAUGAACACGACGGUGAACUUCACGUACCAGUUCUUGACCAAGAAAUUCGACAUCUUCUCGCAGUUCCUCUUUGACGAGUACAUUAAGAGUUAUCUGCAGCGUGAGAAGCGGUGGUACAAGAAACACCGCGACGACAAGGAAGUGGACAACAAAUACCCGUUCGACCGCGCUUUCCAGUUCAACAAGGAUAUCCGCAAACUGGGCGUGUCGGACUCGGGUAAAACGUUUUUGGACCAGUUCCGUAUGCUAAUCACUGAAAUCGGCAAUGCUCUGGGAUACGUGCGGAUGGUGCGCUCUGCCGGUAUGAACUACUGCAGUAACGCCAUUAAGUUCGUGCCGGAUCUGAACCACACACACUUUAAGUUUGAAGCGUAUGCUGGAGACGGUGUCGCCGAAGAGAAGAACGAAGAGACCGGCGAGGUGAUUCAAGACGAGAUUGCAGGCGCCAAGUUGUCACGCGAGACAGUUGUGGCGGCUCGUAAUCUGGACUCUGUCAUCUCGACGCUGGCCAAGAACUUCUCGGAGAACAACGACUACUUCAAGGUGCUGGUCAAGGUUUUCCAGGACGUUACUGCGAGUGACGAACAGAAGCACUUGAUCAACUUCUACACGAUUAUCCCGGCACUUACCAUCAACUACGUCGAGACAACGGUGCAAGCCAAGGACCUCAUGUACAAGAACACUCGGCGUCGCGAAUCGUAUUUCUCGGACGAUGGCUUCGCGAUCGGAGUUGCCUACAUUCUCGCCAUUCUCGACCAAGGAGAGCAAUUUGAUGCACUGCAUUGGUUCGAAGAGGUGGUGCGAAAGUAUAAGGCUGAGGAGGAAGCUUACAACGAAAAACAAGCGGAGCGUGAGGCUCGCAAGCGUGAGCAGGCGGCCAAGAAGCAGAAAGAGACGACUGCGGAGCUCAUUGAUGACGAAGAAGAGGUGCAUACCCUGCAACUCACGGCCAAGCGCAUUGAACUGAACCGCCGCGAAUUCGACCUGCUCGACUGGUCUCUCAAUGGUGCGCGCAUUUUUUUCAAGGACUAGAGGGACCCAUUCAUCAAAGGCAUCGAUGGGAGCUCUGUCGGCUGAAGACAGCUAGCAUUCGCCUAAUAUCAUAAAAAUGAGUUCCGUGGGUAACACGCAAACCCAGAGAAUGUUUGAGUGAAUGUUUUGCCAUG